AUGAGCACCCACGACGACACGAUCAAGACGCCCGCCUUCGACACGUUCGGCAACGACGAGCUCGCCGCCAUGGAGGGCAUCACGGGCCCUCCCGCCGACCAGCUCGUGCGCCUCUGCGGCAUCCUCGACGCGGUCGCCGCCGAGCCCGGAACCGAGCUCGCCGUGCUCGAGAACGCGGCAGGUGCCGGCAUCCUCACGCUCAAGCUCAAGGCGCAGCUGCCCGGUGACGCCAAGGUCAAGGUCGUCGCCGGCGACGUCGAGCGCACAAUGAUCGACCUCGCGACUUUGCGCUUCAAGACGGCGGGUCUGGACGGCGUGCGAGCUCAAGUCAUCGACGGGACGGCCAUCCCGUUCGCCGACGACUCGUUCGACUACUCGUUCAUCCACUUUGGCAUUCAGCUGUACCCUGACCCGGCCAAGGGCCUGUCUGAGUCCCUCCGCAUCCUCCGUCGCGGCGGCACCCUCGCCCUCACGACCUGGCACACGCCCGGCUUCCUCCCGCUCCUCCAGCAAGCCGACCCGUCCUUCCCGACCCCUCCCCCGAUGCGCCACCCGCUCGCGCUCCGCUCGACCGCCGCGUCCGUCCUCGUCGACGCAGGGUGCGCCCCGGACAGCGUCGCCAUCGAGGACGUGUGCGUGCGGGUGCCGUUCGAGGGCGUCGACGCGUUCUUCGAGCUCAUGCGCAAGGGGAUGAAGGGUCUCGUCACCGACGAGGAGCGCAACGGGCGCAUGAGGCGCGUGAUCGAGGAGACGUACGGCGACGGGCCGUUCGCGCUCGAGUGGCUCGGGCUCGCCAUCGUCGGGAGGAAGGCGUGA